UCGGUGAUGAGUGAGAAAACGUUAUGCUGCAUAUCAGUGGCUGCUCCAUUCUUUGACUAUAGGUAUAAUGUUACAAACUAAGCAUUGCCAUUAAGUCCAAAUAUUAUGAUUCUAAAAAUUGUCAGUUCCAUACAGUAUUGAUUGGUUUAAACACACAACCUCAUGCUGUAAGCAUAUUCAUUGUAUAGCUCAUGAUCAAGCUGCCGAGUGCUAUUCCGAUGCAGUUUUGAAGGGCCGUUGCUCCACUUGGGUCUUUGGUUGUUGACGGAGCAGAAGUCCCGUUAGUGGGCCCAGUGGGUGUUGUUGCUUGUGUGUUGUUUGUUCCGUUUGUAUGAUUGUUUCCAGAACAUUCUGCUAUUAGGUAAAGCGCGAUAAGAACGGUGGCCACAAAGAGCUUGUGUUUAGCAGCCAUUGUAGGUAUUUCGAAUCUUGUUCUUGCUUUAGAAAUCUGUCGGUUUCACAAGGGUGCUCCUGAAGAUACGACAGCAAGCAAGCCUAAAAUGAUGACCACUCCUUGAUGUUUGGCCCACAUUCUACUAUACGAUACACCUGCUAACCAUGUCUAGUGGAAAACGACCAAUCAAAUUGCAAAUUGAACAAUGCCAAUCCGGGAAUUCCUACACAACAGGUGGACUGAUAAUGUAAAGCGGUAUGCAAGACAGGUCUGUCUAUUGAUCACUAAAUAGCAGGUAUCUUAAUAUUUUCAGGUUCCUCAUUUGUAGAAAAUAAAUCAUCGUUUUAAAAUAAAGCAUAGGUGCUUGAGGACUGAACACGAAUUUCCUAACUUCGCUAAAAAAGCGAACAAGAGAAAUCUCACUUUCUUCAGUUCAAGUCAUUCGCAUUGCUUAAGAUUGUUAUUGAUGCAGCUGGUCAGAUUAAAACAUGCUUAAUUUUUGAUUUUGUCUUUGCAGACAAUCGGGAUAGGUGUGGUAUAGAGCCCUGGUCGUCAUGGAAUUCCCCUCGAUCCAAAAUCGCUGUUUACCAAAUUACAACACAGAUUCUUUAUGAAAUCCACUCGAGAUCACUGUGAGCUUCGGAAUAAUCUAGCUUGAUGGUUUUAAAUAUCAUAAACCAUCCUCCAACAAUGAAUUUGAAUACUGACAGCACCGCAUAUGUUAUUAAAGUAUCGGACGAUGGCUACCUGUUCACAGAAAUGUACAUGAAUGCAUGAUUAAAGACUCAUUGCUAACAAUGAGCCUUUGCGAAGGUGGCAAAUCAUCCAGGCGACAAUCCAGACAAUGGCAGUAAACUUCUACUGAUAAACCAAAAUUGAUUUCAGACUGUCUGAAGACAUUAUGGGAUGCUUGCGUAGCGCAAUGGCUCAUUGUUAGCAAUGAGUCUUUAAUUCUUUGAGAAACCUCGUCCAUGAUAAAUAUGAUUUCUUAACAACGAAUCUCAUUAGCACGAUUGAUUGUACUCAAAUCAAUGCACCAUCUACUGCAGGCAAUACUGAUGAUGCGAAUUAUGCAUGCAGAAAAUGAUGUGAUUUACUUUGAAUAAAGUAACUCCUGCACUUUAUAUUGGUAUAAUGCUAAAAAUUAGCAUUUCUGUAGAGAUCUCAAUGCUCAAGGAAAGCAUUCAGGGUUCAGGGACAUCUCAUUGUCCCGAUAUAACUUCUGCAAGCUAGUCAAAUUACUUUAAUAUUAGUAGCAGUAUGUAUAAACAUACAUGUGUUGAGACUUUUUUAAAAAAGCCUCUUCAAAGAUUUACUUAAGAUGUGAAAAUUUUUAAAAGCUCUUACCAUCAACUUGUAGUAUAGCUAGCAAAAACUAUGAUUUGUGCAACAACAUCAUCUUAGUAAGUUGCCUUUCGAAAGAAACUUGUUGAGAGAGUCUUUUUUUACGAUGGGAUGGAGUCUUUCCUUAUGUUUAAGGAGUGUCUUUCCUUGCAUCAUAUUGCUAUUUGCAACUUUCGCUAAACAAAUGAAAUCACCUUAUCUUCUUUACAGAAUUUAUGUAUCGUACUCGUAUGACCCCAACUUAAUCAUUUUCUAGGGAUCUCAUGGACCUAUCAGUGUACCCGUCGCCCGUCGUAUUCUUUUGAAUAGUACUUUGGCCUUUUGAAUAUACACGUGACAAAAGUGUUUGGACGAUGAAGAACAAAAUGGCUGCUCCAAAACUAGCAUUCUAACAUUGAUUGAAUAAAUCUUGCUGUUUUGGCGGGAUUCUAGAAAUGGCAUCAGCGAAAACGCAAUUCCUAACAAAUUCAAUUUAUUUCCUACCUUUCUAUGAUAGAAAAGUAACAAAAUAUCAGAGAGAAGUGGAAAAUAUCAAUGUUUUAGUUUCAAUGCCGAAAACACAAAAGCGACCAGAAAGAGAACGAGAAGCAAUAAAAUAUUUGGGUCUAGCGAGUCAUUUGUUUGCUAAAACUACAAGAAAGUUUGGUUGCUGCCGACUAUUGGUUGGGCCUAAUGGCAUCUGCAAGCUGGUGUUGUGUGCGAAGUCAAUCAAUGCUGAAUAUUUUGUCUAAUUAUUUGUGAAAAAUCCUCAGGCAAGUUCAGAAACAAGUAAUGAUUCUUUGCAAAGAUCAUUUAUUUUUAAGAAAGACAAUAAACCUAGCUAUGUUGCAAUUGUGACAAAAAUUUCAAAAAUAAUUAUCAUGGUCUUUCAAUAACCCCGUCAAAGUCAAAGCCUUGAUACAAUUGAAAGCAACUAGUUUUCAGAAAAAAAUCCAAGAAAUAAAAUCUUCUAAGACCAAAAAUAAACUUUUUUAGAAUUUUCUUGAGAUUUCCUUCUGUAUCCAAAGAUAUUUCGUUGCAAAAUUAAUUCAGUGAGUUCCAGUGCAAAUGGCGGCUGCCAGAUUUCUGAAGGUCAUCUGACAAAAUAUAAAGCAAAUUGUACUUGUCUAAAAAAAGUCUAUUUUUUACAAUUUAUCAAAUAUUGGGUAAAGUUGCAAUUGGAAAUCUCAAUCAGCAAUCUCGUUAUGUUCCACCGAUUUUCUAUGUUGUUUUUUGAGCAAAGGGUUAACCACAUUUGCUUUGAGGCGAUCGUCCUAAUACUUUUGUCACGUAAGUGUAGACCCAGUAUUUCCAAGCACGUAGCUGAUGCUAUUUCAGUAGAAGUUCUAGCCACAAUGUAUUAUGUUCUGUAAAGCAGGGUCUGAUCUAGGCAUUGGUAGCUUAGAAACUAUUAUUGGCAAAUCAAUAAGUGGUAUAAUGUGACCAGUGCAACCCGCCUCGAAAAGAAAUAACUCCCUUGUCACCUGAUCAAUGUUUGUACUUCGCCCUCCUUACUACGCAUAUAUGAACAAGAAAGUUGCGAGACCUUCAGCUCUCGUAUCCUCCUUGUAUCUGUCUAUUGCUUUUGAGUUAACUUUUAAUUGGCCUCUUUUGGGACAAUUUGACUGACCUAAAUUUUUACGCUAACGUUUUGAAAAAGGCAGUGGCACAAAAAGUUGUUUUUAUCUAAGGAAUUUGGUUUUCAAAGAAACAACAGGUAACCACUUGCUGAUCAGAAGACCAAUCAUUAACCGUACAAAUUUGCCCGAUGCACUUUGCAGGUAACAAGAACAUUUUAGUAUUUUGGGACAAAGUUUUUAUUACAAGUAAAACUAAUACAGUUUGACUGAGCACAACUGUUGGGAUGAUGUUGUGAUACACUUUAUGUCAUUGUGUGAUAUUUCAAUGAUUAUCAAGCAGCAUAUGGCUUUACAGACAAUCAUUUGCUUUCAUGCAAAUUUUCUGUUACAAAACAGGACAAGAAAUGCUUUGAAUAUUAUUGAUUUAUGAAAUGAAGACAAGGCCUUGAGAGAAUAACUGAGAGGUUACACAUCAUUUAUUAAUGAAAGUGAGGACUUAAUUGAAUUAAAUCGUACGUGAUGGGUAGCGACACAGCACAUGGAGAUCUUCGUUUCGUUAUUUUGGCGUCAACAUAUUUGAUUUAUUUGGCUUUUGGUGGCAUUGUUUUGAGUGAUUUAGAAUGGGAACAUGAACUCAAGGCUAUUGAAAGGUUUCAUACUGUGAAACAGGCUUUCCUCAAGAAGCACCCGACGUUGACAAGCCAUGAUUUGGACUCUUUCUUGAAUGAAAUCAAGGCUGCAGUGGAGAAAGGAGUGAAGAUCAACGGCAACAGAACAUAUAACCCUGACUGGAAUUUUGGUGGUGGCGUUCUUUAUGCAGCUUCGUUACUCACAACGAUUGGCUAUGGUGAUAUUUCGCCGUACACUAACCGUGGCAGACUCUUUAGCAUGGUGUAUGCUGUUAUUGGAAUUCCUAUGACAGCCACCCUUUUGUCAGCAAUGGUCAGCAAAUGGUUGCUUUGCAUCGGUUUCGCCAAUGCGAGAAUAAAGCAAAGUGUCUGGUAUACGAGGCUGGACCCGCACACAGCUCAAAUGCUAGGCACCUUGACAGUGAUAACAGUAUCCGCGUUAAUAGCAUUCAUUCUACCUGCAUUCAUAUUUGCUCAUAUUGAAUCUUGGACGUAUUUUGAAUCUUUGUACUUUAGUUUCAUAACAAUGACGACAGUUGGAAUUGGGGAUUUCGUUCCUGGAUGCGCAGAUAAGUGGUUUGACAGCACCACAAGACUGGUUUACAAAGUUCUUUUGACUUUUUACUUCAUAAUUGGGCUGUCUUUUAUGUUACUAAUUCUGGAACUGUCUGUGCGUGUCUCGGAAACGACACCGUCUAUGAUUUUCUCGUGUGAAGCGAGGGUCUCACAUUGGAAAGAAGAGGGCAGCAGCCGUGAAGGCCUUAGCCAAGAUGAAAGCUCUGCUAGCAAAUGAAAGCGUUUUUAACCGAUUUUUUAGUCAUUUUGAGUCAAACACGAGAAAUCUAAAAAGCAUUUUUUGCUACACUGCAGCUAUUUUCGUAAAGUAACCAACGUUUUCUGAAUUCCUGCAAGAUGGAGUCUCAAGCCCUCAACAUUUGUCAUUGUGUACUUUUUAUAAAUCCAGUCCUCGCUACUCUACGUUUCUUUGGAAUAAUAACGUUUUUAUGUAAAAGCUUGACAUAGCUGCACUGCAUUCAAUGUAUCUCCGUCGGUAUUCAUAUUUUAAAGUAAAUUUAUAUGUUGUGCUAUGCCUGGUUAUUUUAUCUGCUGUACACGAUGCUUUGAAAUUUGUUUACUGUACAAAGACUAUCAGUGUAAUUUUAGUGCACUUUUGUGUCUUUUUUCACGCCAUGUUUCCGGAUAUGUCUUACUACUAGGGAUCAUGUUGACCAUCAUAACAUAUCGUUACUAUUUGGUUGUGUACCAUUUAGAAAUUGAUUGGACAACACAAGCAGGAAUGUGACACACAGACACUGGAAACAGACAGUUUUUUUACUUUCUUUUGACUGAUGACACUGGAAACACUGAAAAUGCAACAUAAAAUUAAUAUUUCCCUUAUGAUUUUACUGGAAUUUUGAUAGAAAGGGAUCUUACACCCGAAAAUCUUCCAUGGUUGUAUGACCCUCAGAAUGAUUCUUUGCUUCUGUGGAGGCUUGUGAUAAACAUUCUUGGCUCGUCUUCUAGUUGCAUUCUGAGGGAGCCUGAACACGAGUGAAUAGGUUAUGAGUGAAAUUCAAUUCUGGCUAAAUUUUUGGAAACGGGUUUAAAAUAAUGUUGAUUUGUCUUGAUUAUGCAGAAGUUACGUUUACUUGGUUUCAAAAAGCUGUCAUCAGGAUUGGUCCUACAGGUCUAAAAACAUUUGUACAUAAAUUGUAUCCAAAAG